AUUCUAUUAUAUUAAUUAUAAAAAAUAAAUAAUUAAAAGUUAAUAAUUUCCAUUUUAAGCGAAAGUGUUUUUAUGGAAAGUUAAAGUGAAUUUCAAAAUUCAUUAGAAAAUAAAAUUUAGUGGCUAAGUUCAAAGCUGUAAAAAUAAAAUAAAAUUUGAAGAAAUACAUAAUUAAAUAGAAUUAAUUAUCUUCAGCAGCAACAGCAAAUAGCAAAUCAGUUCAAAAAAGUGCGUCGCUUCAUAUAAGUUGUGAAAUAAAAGUUGGCCGUUUGAAAAAAAAAAUUGAUAAAAGUGUUUGAAAAUACAAAAUUUCUAAUAUUAUGGCAUUGAUGUUGUACGGAAAUUAAAUUUGGAAUUUCUUCGGAAGUUUCCAACAACAAAGGUAUAUCUACCGCAUUAUUGUAUAUUUUAAAAAGCUGGCAAGGCUGCAAUAGCGCAUUGAAGCGAGGAAGAAUUCGCUUCCUUCGUUCGCGGCUAAGGCCCGUGGCCUGAGACUGUGGCGCGUGCGUGUUCGAUAUUCGUGAGUGUGUUGGUAUGCAAACAUCUGCAGUGCCAAGGCAGUAGAGUGUUUCGUUGUCUCGAUACAGUUUGACCACGUUGUUUACGUUCUAAUCAACUUGAUUCAGGUUGUCACGACGUUUGCAGCUUCUAAUAAUCGCUGUCAACUUGCACUUUGUCGUUAACAUAAAAUCGUUUAUCGUUUGUGUGUUUGUUGGUUUGAAAAUCAGCUGUUGUAGUGAUUGAGUGCUAUAAAAUUCUUAUAUUUUCCACUAUCGCCGUGAUGUGGUGUGCCUUUGGUUGCGGCAGCAUAAGCAGCAGCACCGACACCGGCAGCAGCAGCAGUAGCAGGAGCAGUAGUUCGGCAUGAAAUGGAAGCGGCCAUACGCUCAUCAGUGCAGGUCGGUGGUCCACCACCUACAUCAGGUGGUCAACAGCAACAGCAACAGCACCACCACCAACAACAACAGCAGCAGCAACGCGGCGGUAACCCGCAGCAACAAUCGCACUUGCAUGAUAAUGGACCAUCGCCACAGCAACAACAGCAUCAGCAGCAGCAGCAGCAAUAUCACCAACAACUUAGCAAUAUACCCACACACCUUCAUCAACAUCACCAACCACCGCAAACGCAGCAAUCAGCUGCACAACAACAAAAUAAUAGUAGCGGCAGUAGCAGUGCGCAACAGCAACAACAACAACAGGCCAAUAUGUCGGCCUAUCAGCGCAUGUCGUCUGGACCGUCGCAAAUUCACAGGCCAAUCGAUGGGUCGCAGUCAUACACGAAGGGCGGCGGCGCUCAUGGACAGCAACCUACUCAUUCGGCCGCUGCUGCAGCAGCCGUCGCUGCCGCCGCCCAUCAACAAAUACAUCAGCAAAUGCAACAAAUGCAUCAGCAACAGCAGCAUCAACAACAACAACAGCAGCAGCAGCAGCAACAUCAACAACAACAGCAGCAAGCUGCUCAACAGCAACAGCAACAACAAUCCGCUCAACAACAACAACAGCAGCAGCAGCAUCAUCUCCACCACCAUCAGCAGCAGCAGCAACAACAGCAACAGACCACCCGUUCAGCAGCUAGUCCUCUAUCUCCACCACGAGCCGGUCCGGGUUCAGCGGCCGCCGCCAACACGUACGCGAAGUAUGCGGAACUCAAUGCGGUGCGGGAAGCGCCACAUCCUUAUAUCCAGCAAGGUUCGUACGGUAUUGGACCACCAGGCGCCCAAUAUCGUGACAACCCCUACACGCGAAUACCUCAGAUGGCACCCGAUUUUCAACGAGCGGCAGCAGCUGCCGCAGCGGGUGGUAGCACGGGUAGCGCACAAGUGCCCACCGGCGUUGUACAAGUACCGGGAGGCGGUCUGCAACCGGCACCUCCCAGUGUGGGCAGUGGAGCACACCUUGAAGCUUUACAUUUCGCGCACCAACAGCCACCCUCAGGACAACAAGCGGUCAAUGCAGCGCAUGUGCUCAGCGGUGCAAACGUUGGAGGCGGUAGCGGCAGCUCAGCCUCGCCUCUCAAUGCGAGCAACGCAGCGGGAAAUGCCAACUUAAUACGUCAGCGAAUAAUAAUCCCAGCGCAUCACUAUCCCAGUGACUAUCUGACGAACGCUAAUGCCGUUGCGGCAGCGAAUGCGCGCAGCCAACAACAACAUCAACAGCAACAGCAGCAGCAACAACAACAGCAGCAUCAACAAUUGCAGCAGCAACAGCAUACGCAGUUGCCACAGGCUCCACCCGAUCCCGGAGGACAGCCUUACAAGAAAAUGCGGCUGACAGAGACGACGGCGAAUACUGUCAGCAACUCCAAUCACCUGCCACCUAAAGUUGUGAACGCCGCGCAACCACAGCCACGUCAGCCAUCACCAUCUGCCGCAUCGCUGGCUGCCGCGCAACAGCAACAUCAGCAGCAGAAAUUAAUAUCAGGCGGCAAUUUUCGCAACAAUACAGCACAAAUACUGCAUCAGCCUGUUCCACACUCGCAUUUGACGGUGGUUUCCAGCAGUCACCUGGUGAAUACCCAGCCACCGCCUUCAGCGAUGCAACAGUUGAAAGUGGAUACCCAACCACCAAUGUUGUCAUCAGCGUGCACACCACCUACUAAUCGCAGUAUUACAGGUAAAAUUGUGGGUGGAAGCAGUGGUAUUGGCGGAGUAGGCGGUGGCACUAGCGUUGGCGUCAUAAACGCUACAUCAAACGAACCUUUUUUGAUAGCAACUAGUGGAGCGGUUGCGCCACCGGUGAAGUCGUCGUCCUCAUCUGAGGGAUAUCAUCCGCAAGUCGAAGCCAUCUCACCUACACUGCCAAAUGACAACGUCGAGGAGCGCGGCAGCGCCGUUACGGAAGAUCUGCUAACGCAAAUACAGAAGGUGGAUGCUGAUAUACAGAGUGCAGAGAAUACGAUGGAGACGUUGCGUAAGCAGGAAAAAGGCCUCAAUGACAAGGUCAUAUUGAGCAAACGACAGCGCGAGCAGGAGAUUUUUGCUGCUGAAAACGAUGAUGCAGUUAAAAUGGAGCAUACCUGGCGAUUGCAGACAUUGGCGCAAAAAAUCUAUGAGGCGAACCGUAAAACGGCCGCCGUGCAACAUUCCAUACUCAGCCAUUGCGGUAACCGCAUCACAUUACCGUUAUAUAACCAGCCGGUAGAUGUAGAGCUACUGAUGACCUUGAUUAAACGGCAUCAAACGACGGUUCGACCGCCAUUGCUAGAGCAUAUAUGCAAACUGAAACAUGAGCGUUGGGUGCACAAUACCGGGUUGGUAGAGACAUAUGCGCAGAUGUCCAGUGACUGGCAGAAGCGCGUUGAAAAGUCGGAGGGCAGCGCGAAGCGAAAAGCACGGGAGGCUAAGAAUCGCGAGUUCUUUGAGAAAGUGUUUACGGAGCUGCGUAAGCAACGUGAGGACAAGGAACGCUUUAAUCGCGUUGGUUCACGUAUCAAGUCUGAAGCCGAUUUGGAGGAAAUCAUGGAUGGUCUGCAAGAGCAGGCAAUGGAGGAUAAAAAGAUGCGUUCAUAUGCUGUCAUACCGCCACUGAUGUUUGAUGCCCGACAACGUCGUUGUGUCUAUCACAAUGAGAACGGCUUCAUUAAGGAUAUGGUUGCGGUACAUAAGGAGCGACAGACACUGAAUGUGUGGACCGCUGGAGAAAAAGAGAUUUUUAAAGAAAAAUUCUUACAACAUCCGAAGAAUUUUGGCGCCAUAGCGGCAAGUUUGGAUCGCAAGUCAGCACAGGACUGCGUUCGCUACUACUACCUCAGCAAGAAAACGGAGAAUUACAAGCAGUUGCUGCGCAAGUCACGACAACGUACCCGAUCGUCUCGAAAUCCGCAAAAGGCACAACAGCAACAGACACAGUGCAUCAUCGAUUCACUGACGACAGGCGUUACCACUCGCUUGCAACGUGAACAACAACAGAAGACGGGUGGACGUUCGGCUGCAGCGGAUCGAGAGCGCGCCGAACGGGCAGAACGUGCGGCGGAACGUGCAGCAGCAGAUGCAGCGAAAGCGGCAGCAACUGCUCAUGCCAAGUCCACUAAUAAAGGAGAUAACAGUAACAAUGCUACUGCGGCAGCAUCCGAAGUGACCAUCGCCGCAGACAUGACUGAAGUAGCCAAAGGCAAAGCGAACGCUGCAUCCGCGGCAGCACAAAAGUCCAACAACACGUCCAAUAGCAGCAACUGCAUAACUGUGCCUAUCGGCACAACAACUGCAUCAACAAAAGCUGCCGAAAUUGAUAAAGCUUCUGAAAGUUCGGAAGCUGGUCAGCAAGCAACAACCGCAACGACAGAUGCUGUACAGAGUGGUACUGCGGCGAAAGCGAAAAGCGACGACACGAAUGCCAGCGAAGCAAAUUCAAAAAGUGCAAUCGCAACAUCGGCGCCAACCACCACAACCAGCAACGCAAGCAGCAAUGCUACAAAUGUUGAUGAGAACAGCAGAAAGUCUACAGCAGCUUUCAGUGCAGUGGCGGCGAAUAGCGAAAUGGAUGUGGAUAAUAAAAAAUUAAUGGACGAAAAGAGUGUCGUUGGCCGCAGCAGCAGUGGUAGUAGUGGUACUAAUGCCCCACCACCGGGCACUAAUACCUUCGGCGUUACAAAUGUGGGGCCCGGCGUGGCACAUCAUCCACCUGGUGCCGUUCCAAAUGGUAUUAAAACCAUUUAUGCUACCACAAUGGCACAAGCGGUGGCUGCUGCUAGCUCCAAUGAAGACGUCAAAAUGAUUGCUGUGGGCGAUAAGAUCGGCGCAGCAGCAGCAGCAUCAGAAACACCGGGCGCGGUUGUAAACGCGUUAGAUGCUGUCGGCGGCAUUAAGGUGGGCACUGGUAAUAGUGUCGCCACGCCCACUACCUCAACAACCGCUGGCAAUUUCCUUGGGCAGAAACUCAAGGCGGCGCAAGUGGAAGGCAUUGGCGCCGGCAAUGAUGUCAACUCAGAUGUUAGUGAUCCCAAACGGAAACGUCUCGACGCCACGACGAACGUAGAUGUUUCCAACAUAAAUUCCUCCUCCUCCUCCGCAACUACAAAAAGUAACAGCAACAACUCUUCCUCCUCCUCCACAUUGUCCAACUCCACUGCGAAUCUACACGCUCUUAGCGGUAAUCCUGCCAACAACAACAACAACAACAAUGCUAUGGAUGUUUUAACUGUAGCUGGAGUGGUGGGGUCAGCACCAACUAGCGGCGGUGUGAUAUCCACACCAAUUGCUGGCGUAUCGCACGCAACAACAACAUUGGCUACGAAUGCUGCGGCGACGCCGGCAUCUAACGGCAGCGGUGUGACCAUCAACGCCACACCAGCAAAUGCAACAUCAAUAACAUUUACAACGACUGAAGGCAACAAUGCCAAUGAUGGCAAAGAUAAAUUGGCCACAUGUUUCGUUUGCAAGGCAGAUGCAUGUCCUCGUACACGUCCUCUUAAGAAAGGUCGUGGCCAACAGUACGGCAUUCCAGAUGACACAAUCACUGCGGGUGCGCGAGUCUGUAACUCAUGUCAAUGUAAAUCGGUACGUAAUCGUUAUACGAAUUGCCCCAUUCCUACGUGCCCGAAUCCGAAAGAUCGCGCUAAACGCCUACACAACAUUCCGCCACGUCUAUUUGAGCUGGCGCCGGAUAUACGAGAUCCCAUCUUUCAAGAGUUUCAAAUACCACCGCAGGCAACACGUUGUUGUUCAGCUUGUCUAAUGCGUAUACGGAGAAAAUUGGAUCUUGAUCCACAAAUUAACCUGACCGACGAAGAUCGUCGUAUGGAUGGUGAUGAAUCUGAUGUAAGUACUUCGUCGUGUGAUGAGCGGGAAGUUGGUGGCAGUGAUACUGCUUCCGUGGAGAGCCCAGAAUCACAGCGACAUAACUCUAUGACAAAGGAUGUGCAAAAGCCCCAGACGCCGAUUGCGAUUAAUGUUGCUACUAAUGUGGCGGAUACAACAACGGUUACUAUAACAUCGACUGGAACUAAGGCCGAUGAGCGAUUGCUGCCACCAUUGGGACAAGCGCCAAAAAAGCAAAAGACAUCCGAGGAGUAUGAUUCGUCUGCUACUGAGACUGCAGACGAGGAGAAUGAAAAUUCGCCAGCAAACCGUCAAAGCCCCAAAGUUAUAUUAAACAGCAGUGGAUUGAGUGGUCAAAGCAGCGUUGGACUCGCGCCACCCACAGCAAAUGUCCAACAAAUUCACUCUGUUCAACAGAAUGGACCACCUCAGCCGGUAAUGGGUAUGCCGCCACGCGAACAAACUGGUGCAAAUGUGCAAGAUGUUUUAUAUUCAGUAAUUGAACUGUCGCUUAAGACGAAGGGUCCGCCGCCAGUUAAAAUGCCCUCGCAAAUGCCGAAUGCAUCGCCUAUGCAUAGCGUCAAACCGAUUAUGGAACCCAUACGCAGUCGAGGAGAUCUCAGUAAUAACAAUAAUAACAAUUCUAAUAAUGAUGUGGCGAUAGUUGGCGAAUUUCGCAACGAUGGAUCUAUAGUAAAGCAGCAGGCUCAUGGUCAACCGAUAGGUUUGAAUACACGUCAAUCCAAUGCAUCGACUGUAAAUACUGGACAAGGUCCACCGGGUAGUCAAGGACCACCUGGUGCUAUUAUACAUCCCGAAAAUUUAGCUACAAUAUCUGUUGUGAACUCUCAUCUAUCGCACCAACAUCUUCCACCGCAUAUGUUACAUCAACAUGAAAUUAAGGCGACUAUUACACCUGUUGUGAAAUCUGGAAAGACGCUAUCAUCAACACAGCAGCAGCCACCAGACACAAUUCGAUAUGGAAUGUCCAACGUUGGUGGACAACAACUUCGGAACAACGAACCAGAACCUCAGACUCUUGACCUCUCAAUUAAGAAACCUUCACGAGAUGGUCCCUCACCUCAUUCAUCGAACACUGGUCCGAGCUCUUUAAGUACGGACAAUGGACCACGCCAUCAACCACUGCCGGGUGCUGUUAAACAUGUCGGCAAUGCUGCAUCAAUAUAUCGUGGCCCGGAACUAGGCCCUUCAAACUCAACUUAUUUAUAUCAUCCCCAUCCGGCAACAGUAAGUAAGGGACCACAUGGUUCCGUCUAUAUGCCGCAAGUACCUGGUUCCAUGGCGCAAGGUGUCGUGAGCGCACGUUCUCAAGCGAGCGGCGGACAACCGCCACCGCAACAGACGCCUCUAUCCACGCACCAGACACACAUGCAGUUACCACCGGGAGUUGUAGGUAAUAGUAGCAAAGUGGGUGGAGGUAAAAUGGCGCCCAAAUUAAGUCCUCAGCUGAUACAUGGUCCAUCUUCACAUACAACAUCCGCGUCACCAUCACAACAACAGCAACAACAAAUGAUGGUUGGUCCAAAAGGCUCCAUUACACACGGUACGCCAGUUAAUAAUGCCCAACAAAUUAUCGUACAUCCGUCGCCUGCAACACUGAGUCCCAAGUUUGAUAAUAUCUUAAGACAGACUCCUCCUUCUGGAGGCGAUACGAACAAUAAAAUCGGGUCGAUAACCCAGGGUACACCUAUUCACUUGCCUUCACAUCACAUGGAUAACAAACGUUCAUACGAAUAUUAUAAAACAUCGCAACGUCAAAGUCCAGCACAACAGCAGCAGAUGCCAGUGGUUGGUCACCCUGGUGUAUUGCCACCUCCGCAACAGUCGUCGCCACAAGCACCGCAGCCGCAGGGCUAUGGUGGUAGUUCGCCUUAUGCGCGUCCACCAUACUCCGUUGAUCAGUCGUCAGUACUGAGCACACGACAGAUAGUGAUGCACGACUAUUUAACGUCACAACAGAUGCAGGGUCAACAACGAAACGUAUCACGUGGCAGCAGCAACAGUGCCGGUGGAGGAGGUGGUGGUUCGGACAAAGAGUCUCCAUCGCCUCGUAAUAGUGUUAGUGGUCCAACCAGCGCACUGGUAUUCUACGACAAAGACCGCGGUAGACCUGAGUACUCGAGUCGCGCCUCGCCCGCCGAACAUGUUAACAGCACUCCCAGCCCUCAUCGUACACCACCUCCACCACGCCAAGGUGUAAUACAACGCCAUAAUACUGGCUCAAAGCCACCAUCACCUGCAACAAUGCCUCAAAACCGUCUACAUGUGAUGCCACAUAAUUAUCCGGCAGCUGGACAAGAUGCGUUCUCCUCGUUCGUGGAUGUUGCAGUACAGCAGCCACAACUGCCAGUGCCCUCCCAACAGAAGGAAGAGAAACAACUGAGACAUGAAGCGCCACCACAACUACCCCAUCAACAACAUUCAUCUCCGAACCAACCGCCACCCACUCAACAUGAAAUACGCUACCAAAUGAUGCAAUUGAACUAUCAUCAACAGCAACGAGCAGCAGCAGCAGCUGUAGCUGCUCAACAGCACCACCAAUAUCGCCAACAGCAAGCUGCCAGCGUUGCAGCUAACGCUGAUCUUCAGCGUCGAAUGCAUGCCAUCGAGCGGGAUCGUGAUAUGCAGCAGAAGCGCGACCGAGAGCGUGAAAAAGAACGUGAACAGAGAGAGCGAGAGAGAGAACGCGACCGUGAUCGUGAUCGCGAACGAGAACGAAUGGCGGAAUGUAUCGCCGCCAACGAGCGCGAUGCGGGUCGGCGCAUGACGGAGCGCAUGAGUGCGGUUGCAGCGGCCCAACAUUAUAUGCGAGGUGGACCCGAGACCGGACCCCCGCGUGCUAUACCCGAUCGAGAGAGAGAUAUCUAUCAUAGGACACCACAGGACAGUACAUUGUCAGCACAGGUGUUAAUAGAUGCAAUCAUAAAGCAAUCCAUCAUACAGGGCAGCUCGGAACCGAAUCCAGCCAAUAUGAAUCGACCAUCAUAUUAUAACUCGCGCGAAUUACCUCCCUCGGCACGCCAACAUCCUGGUGCCGUCUCACUGGCCGUAGCCGAAAAUAAUGGCAAAGCGAACUCACCGAACGUAAUCAACAUCGACUUGGACAACGAUCGUUCCAGUAGUAAUAUAAAUCAACAUGAAUCGCCAAGUGUUAGUGUAGUGAAUUCUCGUGGCGGUGGUGUUUCUCAUGUUAGCCGUGGUGGUGCCCCUGGUGGUUUAUCUACUCAACCAGGUGUUUCCCUAUUGCCACCAACAUCUCAAACACAGGUACAGGCUCAAAAGCAACCGCAAAUGCUGAAGACGAAUAUCACUUUCGGAGAGUUGGCUGACUCCAUAAUAUCGAAUGACUAUUGCCCGAAUCAGAUGCAGUUGCGGCCACAUGUCAACUAUAUGCCCUAUCUGCAGGAGCAACAGUCGAUGGUGAUGACUGAGCAUUGGACAAAAUAUAAUAGACGAAUGCAGCAGAAGGACGCAGAAGCAGCCGCAGCUGCCGAACGCAAUAAGGCAGUUGCCACGCAAAACAACAGUGGUGGUGUUGCAGUUAGCACCAGCGGUGCCUCUGGUCAACAAGGUAAUAGUAGUGUGUCGGUGAGUGGCAUUGGACGUUCCAAUACGCCAGCAGAUGAACGCAACAUUAUCCGUAUGCAACAAACGGUGAGCCCUCGCAAAUAUGACCUAAUGAUGCAACCACCACAUGAUCAGAAUGCAGCUGCAGUUGCUGCUAGUCAUUACUACCAUGCGCAUGGUCCACCACCGCCGUCCAGCGUCGCACCACCCAUGGGUAUGCAUGCACGUAGCAGUAGCGCAAGUAGCGGUGGCUCAUCAUCGAUACCAUCACCGCACGAUCAACGCAUGGCAGGCGGCAAUAGUGGCGGUGGAAGUGGUGGUGGCGGUGGUGUUAUGCCAUCAAGCGGUUCAGUGACACAAAACCAUCCAUUCGACACAAUGAAAUAUGUGAAAAAUCGCAUUGUGGAAGUGAUGCGCACGGAAGACGAAGAAAUGCAGCAUCAGCAUGCUCACAAUGAUCACCGCGUGGGCAAAGACAUGCACGACGGCCCUGUUGGUAACACAAUGCGCAAAACACCUAAUCAAUAUGAUGAUGGGCGCGAUAGUAGACGUGUAUCGUCCAGUGGUAGUGGUACUGGUAGUGGCAACAGCAACAACGAUACACAUCACAGCAUAGUAUCAUCACAGCCCCCACCAUUAGGUGCGUAUCAGUCGCAACCGCCGGUCACAACUUUCGCUACAACGACGUACGCGUAUCCGUAUAGCGCACUUAAUGUGCCGAGUUCUGUAGCAGGUUUGGCACCACCUUCGCAAAUGACAACUUCUCAAUUGUCAUCGUUGGCACAUCAGGCAUCAACAUCGCACAUGGGAAAACAGCCACCCGGUCAUUCGAUGAGUAUCGCUGGAAGUGGGGCUGUAGCUAUGACAGCUUCUGGUGGCAUCUCAGCUGUUUCACAAUCGGGUGGUGCGUCAACUGUCGAGCCGAAACCGCUGUUAGUAGCGCAAUACGAAGCACUUAGCGACGAAGAUUAGUUGUGACUGCAGGCGUCUGGACGAACGCCACAACAACAACAACAACAGUCGAUACAGAAACAUCAGCAGCCACAGCAGCAACCAACUGCGCCACAAAUUUGGCAUUGUGAGCGUGAACGCAUGCGGCAGCAACAACAGCAACAAAAAUUACAACAACAGCAACAGCAGCAACAUUAUCAGUUGCAAACAAAUCGCAAUUACAACAAUAGCAAUUGCAAUAAUGGCAAUGGUAACAACACCAAUCACUAUUACUAAAAUAACCACUGAGUGAGAGUGUACAAGAGAAAGAGAAUUGUGAGAGAAACGUAACUGCGUACGGAUAUGCAGUAAGGAUUCUGCCGUCUGCCCAACUCCAUGCUUCAUUGUCAUCAAACUUCUAUUUGCAAGCUUAGCGCCGUAGCUGCUGUGUCACCAGUUGUCAUGGCAUAAUUCACAUAAAUAGUCCAGUAAUCGCCUGCAGGAAAAAAUCUAAAAUUAUAGAAGUAAUUACAUCAAUAGCCUUUACCAGUGCAUAUAUAUUUUCAUUGUAGACAGACGGUAAAUUUACGAUUAGAGGAUAACAGAAAUUGUAAACGUUUUGCAGUUUCAGACAGUUAUAACUCAGUAGAAUAUGAUCUAAAAUAGAGAGCAAAUAUUCUUGUUUAAAGUUUCUGAAAUCUUUCCAACAUAAAGAUAAUCGUAAAGUUUCAAGGUGAUUUGAAUUUGAAGCGAAUACGUUUGCACUAAGCACGAAAUUUUCACGACAUUAUAACUAUUAUAUUAUAAAGGACAGUUAUAUAAAAUACAUUUAUAUACCGCAGCAUUCACAUAUACACCCAUGAACAUAUAUUAACCCACAUAUGCCUGAAUUUUUAACAAGAACAAUUUGAACAAACCAAUGCAAAUUCACUAAACUAUAUACAAAUAUAUCAAUGUGAAUAUUAAACUAAACACGUAAACCCCAUUAUAUAAAUAAUAAAUUUAUCGAUUAAAAGCGAGCUGGUGAGAUGAACAUGGGAUUUUCACUAAUUUAAGUUUUUGAGUUAUUUAAUCAAUUGGAUUUAUUUAUAAAUUUAUUUAAUAAGAUCUUCUUUAUUUCUGACAAUUUCGUUAUGGAAAAAAAAGAUUAGAAAAGGAACAAUAACAUAAGAAUUAACAUGGAGUACUAUGAACAAUUAACUAUUUUCCGGUGCUAACACAUUUAAAGUAAAAUAUUUUCUCUUUCGGUUAUAAUAUAUAUUUUCAUAUGUUUUAGUUAAAAUGUCACUGUUCUUUACCCAGCUCGUAUAAAUUUGGAAAAUUCUGAAAAUGCUUAAUGUUAGAAAAAACGGUAAAUUGAAAUGCAAUAAUACAAUCAACGCUCUAAACUCACCACAUAAUAACUGGCAAGUUAAAGUGAGCAAUGACACAAUGAAAACACAAAAUACAAAUAAACAAAUCAGUUUUGAUGGUAAUGAUGUUUAAAAACAACUUUUAGUUGGAUCAAAAAGUAAUUAUUGGCACUAUUCUCCACUCCGUAACAUUUUAAUUCAUUUAAAUAAGUAAUUGUGAUCUGUCAUGAAAUUAAGCGGUCGAUCGAUUAAAGAUAAGAAUAAGAUCGACUAGUUAAGUAUGAAGAUGCGUUUGUUAAAUAGCUUUAGCUAGAAAUUAAACUACUAUAUAUUUUGUUUUUAAAUAUGUUCAGUCAGAACUAAUUUGUGCUAUUUUUGACAUUACAUUGACAGUACAUGAGAUGAAAAAACUAUACAUAAAAACGCUAAGACUUAUGCAACAAAACAAACAAAUAGAAUAUAAAGAAUAUGAAAAUGCAAAAUCGGCUGAUUUAAUAAAAAGCAAAAAGCAAGAACUACAGUUGUAAGCAAGAUUUAAGAUUAAAGUAAAAUUAAACAUAUUUAAAUGAAAACAAAUGGUUUUGUGUAAACGCGCGCUGCUGUGGGGCGCGGAAAAAAGUUAAAUAUAUACAUAUAUUAUAUAUAUAUAUAUAUAUAUAUAUAAACCAUUUAAGCUUUUCUAUUCUACAGUAUAUUUAAAUAAAACAAGAAUUAUACAAAUGUAAAUCUAAUUUAAAUUAUGUAAACAUAAAAUUGAAGAUAUAUAUUUGUAUAUAUACAUUUAUAACAAAAAUAACAAUGAGAGACGACGAAACGCUUAAGUUUUUGCUAUUCAUACAAUACAAAACAAAAAAGAAAAAACCCAAAAUACAAUAAAUAAUUAUAUUUAAAAUUUACAUACCCUACUUAGUUAAAGAAAUUUAAUGAGUGUUGCAUAAAGCAUGAUUGGAUAAAUAAAUAAUAAAAUUAACAGAAGUUUAUAAAGGAAAAGAAUUGAUGUGGGGAAGCCCAUAUAAUUAAAUGAAGUUGGAAACCAACCACAAGUUGUAAAGAAUUUAUGAAACAAUAUAGUAAUCAGAGAAGAGGGUGAGAAGGAGGAAAAGCUGUGAAAAUUGAAAACUUUGACUCAUAUAUUUUAUUCAAGGCUUGUUGGCUUGGAGGAGCUAAUAAGCCGAAAGCGAAAUGAGCACAUUAGUUGGAGGAGGAAGGAAAUUGUGCAUAUAAAAGUGUCUGUUAGCUGGAAAUUUAGAAAAAUACGAUGCCAGUACACAGCACAGAAUAAUGGAAAAAGGUUGAGGAAUAUACUAAAUAAAAAGAGAAUAAAAAUAAAAAGUUUAUUGACUAAAUUAUAUUUAGUUUGUAAUUAUGCCUUAAGUUGUAGCUUAUGGAAACAUGCUGAACAUAAUGCAAGUGUAGCAGCGUGUGAAAGAAAACAAAAAAAAAAUAACAAAAAAUAUUAAUGAUAAAACAUAUUAUUAAAUUACAAAUUGGUAAAAGUUAUAAUAAUUAAAAAAUGAUAUAUAGUUAUUAUAAAUACAGUAAAGUAAAGGUAUAUAAAUAUUAAUAACAAAUAAAUGAUGCAUCAUAAAGUGUGUAACAGGAAAAAUCAUAUGUAUAAAAUAUAAUUUAAAAAUGAACAUAAUUAAUAAAAUCUAUAAAUAAAUAUUAUAAAAUAUUUACAAAAAUUAAAAGUACACACCCUUCUUAAACAAAAAAUCACCAUUUCUAAAAAAGGCAAAACAAAACAAAAAAAAAACAAAGCCACUAGUUAUUUAGUUUAUAAACAAAAAAAUUAUAAAAAUACAUAACUGGCGUAUAAUGUGAGCAUUACAAAUACACACUUAUCAAUACAAAUACCCCAGACCCGCCCAUUUUAAUUCGCAAUUACUACAUCUCAUGUAAUAACUAAAACUGCAUAAUUUUACUGAUCAAGUCUGUAAAGAAUCUAUAAGUGGAAAUGGUGUGAAGUGAAAUUUUCAAAAAUGUUAAGUUUUUAUGCUAAUAUAAUUACUUUAGUAUAAUUAGUUUUCAAUAACAUUAUUUGUCUUAGUUUAAUGCAAAUUGCUAAAAUUCAAGCAAAUGGUAUGUUAAAGAGGAAGUGGUUCAUUUAAAAAUGUGAAAAGUGAGAAAAAGAAUUUAUGCUUUCUUUUUAAUUGUUUUUUUUAUUCACUAACAUAUGUAUGUCUUUGCAGGCAGUGAGCUAAAUGUGAAAUUGAACAUAUUUACUGCUGCCAAUGGGGGAUUGCACUAGAUAAUACAGAGCCAUAUGGUUACGUCAGUUACAAUAUACUUAUUUGUGUUUCUUUUUUAAACUAUUUAUUUUUUAAUAAAAGUGAAUUAUAUAAUAGCUGCCGCAUUUCUUCUUGCAUCCAAUGGCAAUUUUUUUUUAUUUAAUAUCAUUAGAAAACAGCUAAAUUUAAAAGCAUUUCAAAAUACUUUUUACUUUAAUAAAAAUAUAAAACUAGUUGCAACUGAAAGAACCCCCGGUUACUGUUGUCUUUUUAAAAAAUAAUUUCUUAAUUUUUUACUUGUGUCUAUAAGGUUUAACAUUAUAUAUAAAGUAAAAUAGUAACUUAAAAAUACAUAUGUGUACAUACAAAUCUUACAUGUAUGUAUGUAGGUAUAUGGAAGAAUGUUAGUUUUUAAACGUAUAGAAUACUUGCGCUGAAUUUCGUUUUCUUUAUUUUUUGUACCAAUUACAAAGAUAUUUAAUAAUAACUAAAUGUAAAUUUAAAAAAAAAAUACAAAUACAAACGUCUACAUAUUUUAAUUCUUAUAUAUAAUUAUAUAUUAAAUGUUAAAACGCUCUUACUUGUAAAACCUAUAUUAAACAUAAUUAAUUCACUAUGAUUAUUUUUGUAAUUUAUUUUAAAUUGAUUUAAUUUAGUUAGCAAUUGUGUGAAUUAUAAAAGGAUUUAAUUAUUAAUUAUAACUAUUACAAUUAUUAUUUUGCUUUUUAUUUUAUAAUUGAUUAAAAACAGCAAAACAAAUAUAUGAAAACAAAAAAAAAAAAAUAAAAAUAAAAAAUGAAAUAAUGAUUUUUAAUGCUAAAAUAGAAAAUAAAUAAAUGAGCAUAUUAAAAUAAAAAUAAAACAUGGUGUUAUAUUAAGUAAAUUUACAUUUAUCUUUUGUUCAGCUUAGUCGCCAUCUUACAUGUUUUCCUAGUUAUGUUUUCUGUUCUUCCUUUAGCAGCUAUAAGUGUCAGUGUUUUAAUGUUUGGAAUUGUGUAAUUUUCGUUUGUAAAUUGUUUUGUCUCCGUUUGUGUUAGAUUCCUUUCGUGAAAUAAUUUUGUCUACAUGCCUCAUAAAAUGUCUAGUAUAUUAUACAUAUGUAUAUGCUGCUUUUAAAUAGUCGUCAAUGUAAUGUAAUUUCAAAUGGGGAGGAUUAAAAUAUAAUUUAUUUUUUUUUUAAUUUAUAUAAUAUUUUGGAAGAUGUACAAUCUGCUGCUCGUUGAAGGCUGUUCCUUGUUUGCUUCUUAACAUAAACUAGUUUCCCUCUAUAAUUUUCAUUUCAUUUCUCUUUUUAUACUCUCGCAACAAAGUUGCUAAAGAGAGUAUUAUAGUUUUGUUCACAUAACGGUUGUUUGUAACACCCAAAACUAAACGAGUUAGAUAUAGGGUUAUAUAUACCAAAGUGAUCACGGUGAAGAGUGGAGUUUAAAUCCGAAUGUCUGUCUGUCCGUCCGUCCGUUUGUGCAAGCUGUAACUUGAGUACAAAUUAAGAUAUCUUAAUGAAACUUGGCACACUUAUUUUUCGGCACCAUAGGAAGGUUGCUUUCGAAAAUGAGCAAUGACCACGGCCACGCCCACAAAAUGGCGAAAACCGAAAACACAAAGUGCCAUAACGAAACCAUAAAUUAAGCUAUGGAAGUAAAAUUUAGUAUGAAGGAUCACACUAUGAAGGGGCAUAUUUGGAUGUAAUUUUUUUUGGGGAAGUGGGCGUGGUCCCGCAAGCCAAUAUAGCUAUAUAAACCAAACUUUCUGCAGUCGUUUUUUAGCCACUUAGUACAGUCCAAAAAUGAAAGAAAUCGGAUAAUAACCACGCCCACCUCCCAUACAAAGGUUAGGUUGAAAAUUACUAAAAGAGGGGUAACUCACUAACGAAAAACGUCAGAAACACUAAAUUUCACAUAAGAAAAGGCAGAUGGAAGCUGCACUCAGAUAUAUGACGAAUAUGUGGGUCAAAUUGUGUAUUAUAUAAAUAAAGUUAAAUAAAUAAAUUGCGAGAGUAUAAAAUGUUCGGUUACAUCCGAACUUAGCCCUUCCUUACUUGUUUUCAAAUAUUUUUAUUUGAACUUUAGAGACUCAAUUUAGUCAUCAUCAAAUAUGAAUGACGUCUUACUUAAAUAUGAACCACUACUUUCACUAAGUAUUGAUUUAAAAAAGUAAGUUUUGAGAGUUUUUAUCUAUUCUAAAAGUGCUCCUUAGUGUUGUGAAAUCGUUAUGAUUACUGCUCGGCACUGUUGUUUUGGUCAUGAUUUGAUAACAAGAGGGCACGGUCACCGGCUAAGCCUCUUAAAAAUUAUUUUAACAACCGAUUUUUAAUACUCACUCACCUUAACAAAUAUAAGAAUUAUGUACUUUUGAAUCAAAAGAAAGACGGAAAUACCUUUGAAAUUCAUUUUAAUAAAUAAAUAUUUGUUUAGUUAUAAUACGCCAGCAUUUAUUAAAAUUAUAUAUGUACAGUUGUGCAUAUGUACUUUUUUAUAUUUUUUUGGAAUAAUUAAAAUAAUUUUUUUUUUACCUUACAGACCUACAGACAUA